AUUUGUGAAUUUCCUAUCCCCUACGUGUAUAAGCCAAUUAUUUCCUCAAUUAUAUUAUAUGUGAUCUCAUUAUUACAUUUGUUAUGAAUAUUAUAAAAAAUAAUUUGUGUGAAGAUGAAUACAUCCACGGAAGUUUAUAAUUGGCGCUAGAGGUAUCGAUUGUUAACAUCGAUAGCUACAUAAUCGAGUGAUAAAAUAUUAAUAUAACCUACAAAUUGUUUUUGUAGUCUGUCAUGCGUUCUUGAUGAAACAUUCAUCAAGUAAACAUUCUCAAUUGAUAAAAGUUUUUGGUUUGAAUGUUGACAAUCCUCAUCAUAAAACAUGGAUAAUCUUCAAUAUAGAAAUAUUCAUCCGUUGAAACACUUCAGGGAAUGUCUGGCCCACAACGUUCGGCCGGACGGCCGUCAGCUGAUGAAGGUGCGACCGGCGACUGUGAACGUAGGCUCGAUCGGCACGGCAGACGGUUCGGCCGUAGUCAAAGUCGGCCGUACGUCGGUCGUAUGCGGCAUCAAGGCCGAGCUGACGGCCCCCAAACCCAGUCAUCCGGAUGUCGGAUUUCUUGUACCCAAUGUUGACCUGCCUCCGCUCUGCUCGCUCGCUUUCAGGCCAGGCCCACCCAGCGACGUGGCUCAGAGCAUGACCAGUAUGCUGAAUUCGAUCGUUGCCAGCUGUGGGCUGGUGGAUUUGAAACAGCUGUGCGUCAGCAAGGAGCAUUUGGUGUGGAUCCUGCACUGCGACAUCGUGUGUCUCGACUACAACGGAUCAGUCAUGGAUGCUGUGCUCAUUGCACUGGUCGCCGCCCUCAGGACUGUGGAAUUGCCUCAUGUUUCGUACUGCGAGGAAACGAAAUCGUUCAGUGUGGAUUUGAAGCAGCGGAGACCAUUGAGCGUGGCCAGUUGGCCGGUUUCCACUACAUUCGCCACCAUCGACGAGACCAACAUCAUUGCUGACCCAACUGUUGAAGAGGAGCGGCUCAGCAACGGCAGUAUUAUUGUUGUCACCGAUGGUACACGGCUCUUCUCUAUCAACAAACCAGGCGGAACAGCUUACAGUGAGACAGAUCUACAGAAGUGCAUAAGUCUGGCGAAAGAUCGUGCAAUCAAUAUCAAUAAAAUGCUGGAAACCGCUUUGAACAACAGGGAACAAUAGAAGACUUCAAAAAAUAUAUAUGGUAUUUUAUCUGUUCAUUGUUUAGAAGAUAGGCUAGACUUUGAAAUGUAAGCAGUAAUGACACCUAAUUUCUGUUCAAAGAAAACGCAAUAGGAUGGUUGAUGGAUUCUGACGUCGACAAUAUCUCAAGAUAUCAGUUGAUGAGUAUUUAUUCAAAGGUAUUCCCAAUGUAAUGUCGUGGCACUACUUUUUGCCACUCCCAUAUAAAAAUAUGGGCCAAUGCAAACAGAAGUGGCGUUUAGAGUUUCGCCACUUCACUUCUGUUUGUAUUGUACCAUAUGUUUAUAUGCAAGUUGAAAAAAUCAGUGACACGCCACUCUUGUGUGGAUUGGGCUUGAGGGGUCGUUCGAGACAUAAAAAUAAGCUUGAACCAAGUCAAUUCACAACUGAUCAAUUAAAUGAAGUAAACAUUUCAAUCUCAUUCAAUUAUAGAAAAAACUAAAAAAUCUAUUUCUGUUUGUAUGGUAAAUUUUUUUGUAGCAGAUGUUUUUUUGAUAUUUGCUGUGCCGUUAUUGUAUAAAUAAUUAUUUGCUAUUGGUUUUUAUUUCAAAAACUUCUAUUAAUAAAAAUUGUUCAUCUAA